CACAUACACACCAUGUCCAGAGUAUUGUUGGUCAUAUGAUCAGCUGAUUCUGAGUUCAUCCUCCAUCUUCAUCAGUCUCGUCCGUCUCUGCAGCCUGAACACACACACACACACACACACUCCCAGACGCGUGAUGGAGCGUAAACUGGAUCUGACGCGUCUGACGGACGAAGAGGCCAAACACGUCUGGGAUGUGAUCCAACGAGACUUCAACCUCCGCAAGAAAGAAGAGGAGAGACUCGGCGACUUGAAGACUAAGAUCGAGAAGGAGGACACGAAGCGAGAGCUGCUGGGCUCUCAGAGCCAUCUGUCGGACUCGCACUGCAUCCGCUGCCUGCAGCCCUUUAAGUUCCUGGUGAACAGCAAGCGGCGCUGCCUGGACUGCCUCAUGUUCACCUGCAAGGACUGCAGCCGCUACAACAAGAAGGAGCACGGCUGGGUGUGUGACAACUGCCGCAUGACCAGGGUGCUGAAGAUCGGUACCGUGGGUUGGUACCAUGACAACGUGAGAAACCGCUUCAAGCGCUUCGGCAGCGCCAAGGUGAUGAGGUCGCUGUACAAGAGGCUGAACGGAGACGGUGGCCGUGACGACGACACUCAGAGUAUGCCGGACGUCCGCAGCCACGGCUAUAACGGUACGGAGGAGGACCACGGAGAGACUGAGGUUCAGCGCUACAAAGUGAUGAGGAAGAACAAGCGCCUGCUGUCUGUCCACCCUCUGGACUUUGACCCUGAGGAUUACUACCCUUACUCCCGACGGCCGUCCGUACAGCAGAUGCAGGAGGAGCGAGGCUACAGGAACGAUGUGGACUACGACAUGAACAACCACCGAGGGAACCGCAGGCCCAGCCUGGACCGAUACGCCAUGAGACAAGAGGAUGCAGACAGCAGGAUGGUGAGGACCCGCUCCCUGUCUAAGAUCAGCUCCUCGGUUGCUCGGCAGCAGUACGUCGACACCUCCGACGAGGACGACUACCCGAGGCUCGCCGCGGUGUACCAACCGCCGCCGCACCGCCGCAAGAACAGCCGCGCCGCGUCCCAGGACAACCUGGUCCAAGCCCCGCCCAUGAACGAGCUGAACAAACGCAUGUCGGCCAUCGAGAGUCUGCUGAACCGCCUGGAGGAGAAGAUGACCCCUGCUGACCAGACGUGUGCUCCUCCUGUGGGCCUGAGCGAGGAGGAGAAGCUGCGGAGGAAGCUGAGCGAGCUGGCCGGUAACCUGAGCGAUAAGGGCGUUUCCUCGGACGACGAGGCCCAGAAGAAGUCCCUCUCCGUGGGGAAGAGUGCGGCCGCCGCCCGCUGCGUCGGCCCCGCGGUGGUCCCUCCGAAGGAGAAAGAGCUGAGUUCAUCCAGCGACGAGAUGCCCACCGAGGCUCAGAAGGUGUACAUGGCGGCCGGCCACUCGUACGAGCUGGAGACGAAGCUGCGGCGCCUCGAGCACGGCGCCAAGACCCGCUUCGGCGGGACGACUGACUCGGAGCUGUCGGAGCUGGAGGACGUGGUGGCGCUGACCGCCGCGCGCGUGCAGAGCGCCGAGAGCGAGGUGUCGGACAUCGAGAGUAAGAUCGCCGCUCUGAACGCUGCCGGAUCAAAGAAGAAGGUUUCUGGAUCUCAGAGGAAAAAAGCGACGCAGGACUUCUCCAGAACCAGUAACGGAGCUCAGUGGAAAACAAACAGCCUGUUCUGAACCUGAAGCCAGAAAACGUGGCGUUCUUCGUUGCUUUAACAAUGACCAAACUAAAUGUGUGUCAGUCUAAAUGUGGUUGUCUUUAAAUUGACUUUAAAUCCUCUAAAUCAUUUGACAACAUUACAGGUAUUACUACGACAUACUGGGGCCGUUGUAAGGAGAGAGAGAAAAGCUACGGAGAUGGAUAAUAAUAAUAACCUGGGAAUAAAGUCGUAGAUUCACCAGAAAACAACUCACAAAUUCACAAGAUAAAAACUCAGAUAUUCUCUGAGAUUAAGUCAGAAAUUUACGGCAGUAAACUCUGAGAAAUAGGAUUUUUUUGUCAACAACAUACCCCCACCCCAAUAUUCAGAACUGGGCUUUUUUUCUCUUUCUUUGUGUCCUUUUUCAAGGUUUUUUAGGCAAUUAUUUUGACGCGUUUGUCGCCUUUUCAAGUUUUUUUUUGACACUCUUUUGUUGACACUUUUUUGACGAUUAAGUCGCCUUUUUUGGGUAGUUAUUUUGACGCGUUUGUCGCCUUUUCAAGUUUUUUUUUGACACAUUUGGGACGAUUUUGUCGCCUUUUUUUGGCAAUUUUUUUGACGCGUUUUUCGCCUUUUCAAGUUUUUUUUUUACACUUUUUUUGAAGUCUCAGAGAAUAUCAGUUUUUUCUUGUAAAUGUACAACUUUAAUAUAAAAAAUUCUGAGUUUUCUGUCUGAAUAUUAACCCCCCCUCCUCUCCCCAGCUCCGUAUAUAUAUAUUUUUUUCAGUAGUCCUAUAACACGCUGUUGUAUGUUACAGUAGAAUACAGCGAAAAAUUUAAAUAUGUUUAAAAACUAAAAGCUUCGGAAACAAUAAAAAAAAUUAAUAUUUGAGAGUAAAUUAUGAAAUUGAACCCAAAACAGAGGCUCAGAGAGAAAACAGAAUACACAUAACGUAUUUUUUGGGUCUAAUAUUAAUUAUUUAAUUGUUAAAGAAAUGUUGUCACGCAAAGA